GGAGAGAGACGGGAGACCAGUUCCCGGAACCUUCGCUGCUGUGAGUGUGUGUGUGUGUGAGAGAGAGAGAGAGACUCCGACUCAUGGCGGCGUUCAUCGGUGACGAUCAACGGCCAGGAGGGUCCUCACGGCCCUUCGACGACGACGGCUACGUCGGAUACGACCCGCGGCUCGCCUCCCAGCGGUAUGACUCAUUUUCCAACUUCGGACCCGGUUCGUCGCCGGCCUACGGAUCAUCUGAGGACUUGUUCGGGUCUCAGGCGGCUCAGGAAGCUCCCUCUCAAGAUCCGAUCUUCGUCGGACCCGGUGGAUUCUCCCCGGAGCAGAACGGCCGUGAGUUCAACGGAGGUUUCGGUGCAGCUGAUGGUCCGAUCCUGCCUCCUCCGGCGGACAUGCAGCAGGAGGAAAGCUUCGCUUUGAGAGAGUGGAGGAGGCUGAAUGCGAUUAGGCUGGAAGAGAAGGAGAAGAAGGAGAAGGAGAUGCUGCAGCAGAUACUCAACGAAGCGGAGGAGUACAAGAUCGAGUUCUACCGAAAGCGCAGCUUGGCCGUCGAGAACAACAAGGCCUCUAACAGAGAGAAGGAGAAGUUGUUUCUUGCAAGCCGUGAGAAGUUCCACGGGGAAGCUGAGAAGAACUACUGGAAGGCGAUCGCUGAACUCAUACCCAAUGAGGUUCCGACCAUAGAGAAACGGGGGAAGAAGGACAAGGAGAAGAAGCCUUCCAUCGUCGUGAUCCACGGGCCCAAACCCGGUAAGCCUACUGAUCUCUCCAGGAUGCGCCAGAUCCUCCUCAAGCUUAAGCACAAUACUCCUGCCCACAUGAAGCCUAAGCCCCCCGAGGCACCCGAUGCUAAGAAAGAUGCAAAAGAUGCGAAGGCAAGCAGCAGUGCUCCUCCUACCGGUGGGACCCCAGCUGCACCUGCUCCAGGAGCUGCUACUGCUGCUGCACCCUCGGCAGCUCCAGAAGCUGUAUCCACUGCCCAUGGGUAGUCGUGAAAUCUUAGAACCUUAGCAUUUAUUACAUGUGCAUGCUUGUUAGUACGUCUUCUGGUUGUUUGUUUGGUGUAGAAAGGAAACUUCUUGCAUCGAUUUUUGUAGGCUGGCUAUGAUUGCAGGAUGCUUAUUGUGCUUCAAACUGGUUUGAUGAUUAGCUUUUACCGUCUCUAUUGCUCUUGCAUUUCA